UAAGGAAUGAAUGAAAAGAAGGGUCUAGAAGAAAAAUCCCUACUUAGAAAUAAAUAUUACUGUGGAAUCGCUCGUCAACGAGCUCACUCCAAAUCGAAAUGGCGAAAGAACUUGAGAGGAAAGCGAAGGAAGCAUUCUUCGACGACGACUUCGCUCUCGCCGUCGAUUUCUACUCCGAAGCCAUAAAACUAGAUCAUAAGGACGCUCAUCUCUUCGCUGACAGAGCACAAGCCCAUAUUAAGCUCAACGCUUUCACUGAAGCAAUUUCCGAUGCCAACAACGCCAUUUUAUUAAACCCUUCCUUGUCCAAGGCCUAUCUUCGUAAAGGGACUGCUUGUAUAAAGCUAGAAGAAUAUCACACUGCCAAGUUGGCACUUCAAAGCGGUGCCGCUUUUGCGCCAGACGAUUUAAGAUUCUCCAAGUUGAUUCAAGAAUGUGACCGCUUUAUUUCAGAGGAACCAAAUGAUUUUGUAAGCACCAUAUCGUCAAAUGGUUCCCACUUGAACAAUACAAAUGACAGGGUGACUAAAGAAGUUGAGGAAGACAGUUUGGUAUCCCAAAUCAAGGAAGUCACAAUAAACAGACCAAAAUACAGACAUGAAUUCUACCAAAAGCCAGAAGAAGUGGUUGUGACAAUAUUUGCAAAAGGAAUAUCAACGAAAGAUUUGGUUGUUGACUUCGGUGAACAGAUUCUUAGUGUAACUAUUGAUGUUCCUGGCCAAGAUGCCUAUCGUUUCCAACCUCGAUUGUUUGGGAAGAUAAUACCCAACAACUGCAAAGUUGUGGUAUUGUCAACCAAAAUUGAAAUUCGUCUUGCAAAAGCUGAAGCUAUUAAUUGGACAUCUCUGGAAUAUAGCAAGGAUACACUACCCACUAAAAUAAGCAUGCCUAUAGUUCAAUCUCAAAGGCCUUCAUAUCCAUCAUCAAAAGCAAAGACAAAAGAUUGGGAUAAGUUGGAAGCUCUAGUGAAAAAAGAGGAGAAAGAAGAAAAGCUUGAUGGUGAUGCUGGUUUGAAUAAAUUGUUCCGUGAUAUUUACCAAAAUGCAGAUGAGGACAUGAGGAGAGCAAUGAGCAAGUCUUUCGUGGAGUCAAAUGGAACAGUGCUAUCAACUGAUUGGAAAGAAGUGGGAUCAAAGAAGGUGGAAGGCAGUCCUCCAGAUGGCUUGGAGCUGAAAAAAUGGGAGUAUUAAUUGGGUACUAAAAUAUCCAUAUUUAAAGCUGAUGCUUGUGGGAAUGUAAUCAUUGUUAAUGCUGUUUUAUUUGUGUAAGGGACGUUAUUUUUCUGUGUGAACAACUUAAUUUGCUUUUUGCUGUAGGAGUGGAUUUAAUUUU